AUGUGGGUUUCCAUUCCCAGUCUCACGAGAAUUCAGCUAAGCAAACUUGAAAUUGCACGUUGCAGUGAACUGCUACCAAUAACAAUAUGUGCCGACACGCAUGGACAAUUCCGGGAUGUCCGAUCCAUUUUGAAUAUGUGCGGUAACCCACUCUUACAAACAUAUUUGUUCCUUGGCGACUAUGUCGAUCGCGGAUCACAGAGCAUCGAAAACAUAGCGAUGUUGCUGUGUUUUAAAAUCAAGUACCCAUCACGUGUGUAUAUGUUAAGAGGCAAUCACGAAGACGCGAACACAACGCUUACUUACGGAUUCUAUGACGAAUGUGUUGCUCGAUUUCCGAACGGCAAAGGAGAAUUGGUAGAUUCGCCUUCUCUGCCUCGAUUUUUUUUUCUCUGA